UCUCGCCUAAACGAAGCAGACGGGGAAACAUGGCAGCUACCACCGACAGAAAGUUGGACAUCUCGGCGUCUAUCGCUGGCAUUUUGAGGGAAGAGCACUGCCCCGAGCACUUGCAGGUUUUAAAAGCCUUCACGGCUGCAUUACGGGACAAGGAAUACAGAGAUGCUGUGGAGGAGGAGGCGUUCUCCAGCCUCCUGAAGGUCUUGUCCCGACUGCGCGAUGAGCUUAUGGCUGUGAGCUGUGACGACCAGGACCUGCAGUCUGUCGCCCUGCAGCUGCAGCUGACCGCUGAGUGCUUCAGGGCACAGAGGAACGCCUGGUCCCAAAGUACUCGCAACCAGAGUCUGCUCAGGGAGCUCGGCUUCAUUGAUGUAUCCCUUAAACACCUGAGCUUCCUUCAGAACACGCAUGUGGAGCGCAGAGAUGGCAUUUUUGAACCUCUUCGUUGUGGGAUCCAGUUCCUCGGUAACAUGUCGGUUGGAAACCAAACGUGUAAAGAUGAUAUUUGGCAGCUGAGCUUUCCAAAAUCUUCUCCAGUAAGUUUUGUGUGCCACAGUUUGCAGUUGCAGCUGCUCAGUGUUGAUGACGAGAAGGCGGUAAACUAUGCCUCUAUGGUACUCCACACAUGUCUGGAUGAAGCCAAGGUGGAAGAACUUUGUGAUCCACAGAACAUCCACCUGGCACUCAAGGUGAUGGAGCUCUGCAGGACCCAACCUGACGUGGACUGGACGGUUAUCAUUGCUACUCAGUAUUUCCUCAAGUCUUCAGCUCUGGUGGAGGCAUGUACUCCUGGAAUGUCUCACCAUGAAAGAGUUACUCUUUUAGAGCUGCUCUCUGCCCAGCUACAAGAGGAGGACUCGGAGGAGUGUGGCAUCCCUUCCGAUGUGGCUCGCUUCCUGGCUACUUCCUUCCAGGAAGGUUGUUGGGCUGUGCUGACACUCGCUACUGGCUCUGCUUCCAGUGAUGAGGUACAGAUAGAGGCACUGACGGUGAUUAGUUUGCUGGACGUGCUGUGUGAGAUGACCUCCGCACCACAGUUCAUGUUCCUCCAGGACCAUCCUGACCUUCUAGUGACUACUGUUGAGCUCCUGCGGCAGGUGCACGCUAUCGGGAAGGCCAGUAAGAACAUUUUCAGUGCUGCUCAGAACUUCUCCUUCAGUGCAGAUGCAGACCCUUCCUCCCAAUCUCCUGUCAUCAGCUUCAAGGCCCACCUCAUCAGGCUGAUAGGAAACCUCUGUUACAGCAACACCGACAACCAGAACAAGGCGAGAGAACUGGAAUGUAUCCCCCUCAUCCUGGACAACUGCAACUUGGACAGCAACAACCCAUUUAUCAGCCAGUGGGCCAUCUUCACCAUCAGGAACCUCCUAGAACACAACACGCAGAACCAGGAGCAGGUCGCCGCCCUGGAACGCCGUGGCACCGCUGACUACUCGGCACUCAGGGAGUUGGGUUUCCUGGUGGAGGAGCGAGAUGGAAGCUUGCUGCUCAAAACUGUGAGGAAAGACUCUUGAAGGCCUUAGAGGAGCAGCCAGGAGCGAGGGGGCCCUCAACCCACAAACAGGUUUCCAUUUGUUUAGAAAGGAGUACAGUACAGUCCUCUUGUUGUGCUACAAGCCUCAUUAAUGUUACCGAAUACUUAAGCUUCAUCUGUGGGUGAAUUACCUCUCCACUACUAAACACACACAUGUUGUGCCUGUCCAGAAUAACUUGACAGCCACAUUGCCGAUAGUUUCAGAAGAACAACGCUUUAGAAUUUUAUUUCAUCAGAGAAGUAUGCAUAAAUGACUUGACUACCUUUUAGUAAUGGCGCCACUCAUGCCCAAAUGGGUUUUGAGGUAUUCUUGAUACACAAAAGGCCCAUGGGGUGUAAAAGAGGAGGUCAAAACAUCAGGAGCGCUUGUUUUGUCUUGACCAGAGUCUGGGAAAUGAAGAGUUUGGGAGAGGUGAGCACAUGCUGGUUCCUUUGGCCGGGCUGAUGCUUUGUGGUUUAAUCCAAAGACAAAGAGCACCACAGUAGCCGGACUUUUCACUUCUCACAGACACUGAUGUUACCAGCAGGGGUUGGGGUUUAAUCCCAGGCCCAUAGUGACUUCUGCAGUAACCGCAAAAACAGAGAAUGACCAAAACAUGAUGUAAUCAACCCCUCACCGCCUUAGCUACUUAAAUAGUGGUUUCGUUGCCAGAGAGACAUUCCAACGCUUACAACUAUUUCUCUAAACAGGCAUGACAUUAAUAUUAUAAUCUCAGAACAUCUCUGCAAAAUGCAAUACUGGAUCUAAUAACUGAAGCUAUGCAUGUUUUGUAAUUAAGAACUGCUCCGUAUACAACAUGAGCUUAUUACUGGAUCUCUGCUUCUUGUAUUAAGGCAAUAACAGUAAUGAGUUUUAUACUCAAACAUAGUGUCAUUAAUGUAAUCUUAUUCCCCAUCAUCUUAUUCUUAAUCAUCUAUUUCAAUCCUAUUCCAUAGUACUAGAUAAAUAGGAGCUAAGGGCUGAUGGCAUGCAUCAUAGAUCAUUAACCAUCUUUAGACUUACAACUUUGAGUUUGUGUUUUACAACCUUUUGAGCUUGCUGUAUUUAAGUUUUACCAGACUCCAUAGACUUUCUUAGAGUUUUAGUGAAUACUGUACUUCCUUUCUAGAUGGAGGUGCGUGUGUGUGUGUGUGCGCGCAUGUGCGCUUCUUUUUUCGAUAAGAUAUCGUGAUGGUGUUUCAGUAGCCGAUGAAUGAGAUCAUACUCAUAGUGUACGUCCAAAGAGUGAAUGAGUUGAGGGAAGUCGGACCAGAGCCAUUAGUUUGCAGAAUGACAUCGCUCCUCCCGUUGCUGGAUAAGCUGAGCAGUCCUGACACCCUCAACAAUGCAGUGCUUUACUGGCCUGCUCCACCCUGUUUGCUCUGCCUCUGAUUUUUAAUGACAAAAUGUAUUGAAACAGAUCGGCUGGACUCUCCCUCAAUCCGCCGGCAUAGUGAAGGGAGCUUAUGCGGUUCCGGUCCCCAGGAUUUCAGACAGCUAACAAAACAGCUGUUACUUGCGCUUGACUGACUGGCUGCAAUGCUUUUCAGCCCCACAGGAAAGAGGCUGUGCGAGUCAGUCGGGCUGAAUGAGGUGGCAUGGCCGCCUGUACACAUCAGUCAAGGCCAGAAGUUCUUGUGUUUCCCAUAUCAGCGUUUUAUACCGCAGGCCUCUACUAUAUUGUAUUGGCACCUUCUGGUUUGAUAUUCGCCUGCAACAACGGGGUGUUAAUUAGUAUUGAUGCUUUGGUCAAACUAUGUUUAUAUAAUGCUUAAUAAAGUAUUGUGUGUGUGUGUGACAAA